AUGGGCAUCGGGCAAAGCGUGGAUGAUGCGUACUUUCAGCAGAAGGUGAAGCUUGGACAGGGUGGUUUUGGCACAGUGUGGCGGGCCGUCGACAAGAAGACCAACCACUUCGUGGCUGUGAAGCAGAUCGACAAGCUUCAGUCAUACUGGCAGGGGGCAAAACGAUCGGAAAUCCAACUGGAAAUUGACAUACUCAAAGCCUGUGAUCAUGAAAAUGUCACCAAGUUGUAUACAUAUUUCGAAGACAGUCAGAACAUCUCGAUUGUUCUGGAGUAUUGCGAUGGAGGCGACCUCGAUGACAAGCUCAAGGAGCAAGGAUGGCAGCUUCGCGAGGCGGAAGCCGGGGCCUGGACGCGGCCCCACGACUGA